AAUUUUGAGUAUGCGUUCAAUAAAUGACCCUGAAUUAAAUUGCGGCACAGGAAACUGUAAUGGAAAGGCAGGAAAUAAUUGUAAUGUCUUCUUGUGCCUUCUGAAUAAAGCAAUCAAUGUUUGGGGGUUUAACAAGGUCGGGUCCUUGGUUCCCACCAGAUUGGAAAGGUCUGUUGUUGUAAUGGCUCCUGAUAUCUGGGCCUCAUUGGCCUUCACUUAUCAAUGUACUCAAUGGUUCAAAUUAACCGAUAAAGAAGGUCCUUGAUUGACGACUCAUUGGUACAUUUUAAUUAGUACUGUUUAAUUCAUGCUGUUAUGAGAUCUAUUCAUUCUCUAAAACAUUGCUUAAAACAUUAAAUACAUUUUACUGUUGUAGUCGCAACAGUAAUCUACCAUGUGAUAAAUCAAUUCUAUGUUUUUCCACAGCAAACUGUCUAACUGAUCAAAAUGGGUGAAUGGGACUUGCUGGGCCGGCUGCUGGACAAAGUGCAGUCCCACUCCACGGUCAUAGGGAAGAUCUGGCUAACUGUCCUGUUUGUCUUCAGGAUCCUGGUCCUUGGGGCCGGGGCAGAGAAGGUGUGGGGGGACGAGCAGUCAGACUUCGUCUGUAACACAGACCAGCCUGGAUGUGAGAACGUCUGUUAUGACCACGCCUUCCCCAUCUCACACGUCCGUUUCUGGGUGCUUCAGAUCAUCUCUGUUUCCAGCCCAACCCUGGUGUACCUGGGCCAUGUCCUCCACAUCAUCCACGUAGAGAAGAAAGUCAGGGAGAAGAUGAAGAAGCAAGCACAGGAUGAGCAAGCAAAUAACUUCCUGAAGAAGGGCUACAAAGUCCCCAAGUACAGCAACGACAAUGGAAAGAUUAACCUGCGUGGCCGUCUAUUACGCAGUUACGUACUGCACGUACUGGUGAAGAUCCUUCUAGAGGUGGGGUUCAUUGUGGGACAGUACUACCUAUAUGGCUUCACCCUCCAGGCCCGCUUUGUCUGCGUUCGCUUCCCCUGCCCUCACAAGGUGGACUGCUUCCUGUCCAGACCCACAGAGAAAACCGUCUUCAUCUGGUUUAUGCUGGUUGUAGCCUGUGUGUCUCUACUCCUCAACCUCAUUGAACUCUUUUACCUGUUUGUCAAAUUGGUCAAAGAGUGUCUGGACAGAAGGCAGGACUACACGGUGACCCCGGUCACCCCUGUCCUGGAGAGGAAGGCCUUUGAGAACAAAGACCAGAUGAUCCAGAACUGGGUCAAUCUGGAGUUGGAGCUGCAGGGGAGGAAGCUAGGCAGUGGGGUGACGAAAAGUGUGGCUUCUGAGGAAAACACUGCUAACAUGGGGGAGGUCCACAUCUAAGGUGUCAGCUUUUGAACACAUUCUUUUUCACACAACCUGCUUGUUUGUUGACUCAAUGAUUCGCAUGCCAGUCUACAGCCAUACAUAUUUCUCCUAAAUAUUAAAUUACAUAUUGAUCAUGUUUUUAUGUGAUAAAGGAUUCAUGUUUGAGCUUGUACCACAGACAAAUAUUGUCUAAUAUAAAUAUGUUUCUUUAUAUUAGAUGCAUUCCUUAAUUUUCUAAAUAUUUCUUUGGGAUUUGUAUAAUUGGUUGUGACAUUGCAUGUAUAAGUAGA